AUGGCUCCAAUGGGAAUCCGUUUUGGAGUGGCCGUGUUUUGCUUAUUGUGACUCAGCGUGAUCUACCACCUAUAUGCUGGAGUGAUAUCCAGCCGGAUAGCUGCUUACACUUCCAAGAGAACCGUGGACCUCCGUGACCUGCUUGCGCUGUCAGUAGAGGCUGCAGUUCUGGGCGGUCGCGAGGUGAAGAGAGUCCGAGAAGAGAACACUUUAGAAGAGAAGACCAAGGGGAAAAGCUCACUCUGGCGGACUUGAACUCUCACAGACAGAUGUAACAUUACUACCUUAUCAAGAACACCUAUCCAUAUGUACAGGUAAGGAGGACGUUAUUGGACCUCAAAUAGAUACUAUUUAUGUUAAUCAAUAGAGACAUGAGUAGCUUGUUGAUGCUCUCACUUAGCUAUGUACCACAAAUUGUUCUUUACUUAGUGAUUCAUACAACAACUGAUAGUAGUUCCAUUGACUACCGGUAAGUAAACAAUAUAAGAUUAUGGUACACCACUAGCCUAUGCCCCAGAGAGUUGUAAUAUAAUCAAAGGCACACCCUUAUUUGCCCUUGCGAAGUAUCUCAGCUCUUCGAUGAUUUUAUCCACGGAGUUGAGCGCCGACUAGAGUUUUUUUAAUGAACUUCCGACUCGCUAUGCAGUCAAUACUUAAAACAUUUCAGAUCUUAAACCCGUACUUUGUACCUAUGGUUGUCCUCUGUUGUUGUGUGCCUUCCUUUGUUUGCUGAAAUCCAUACUUUUUCAUAAAAAGUAAGCGUUUAAUAAUUUUCAUUAUCGACUGCAUAAAAACUCAAUGAUGAAAUCAUCGUGGAGUUGAGGUAAUAUGGCAAUAUUUGCCCCUUUAUUUUACAGCAUCAAUCACCAUAAUAGGCAUUGGUCUCUCUUUUAGGUUGUCAAUGGCAUCCCUACUAACAUAACCACGUGUCUAACAGGACAGCCUUAGUCUUCAUAGUAUUCAUAAUGUGUUUUACAAGCUGAUGUGUAAUAAUGUGUUCUGUCCCCUUGCAGGUGAACUCUGAAGAGCAUGAUGAGACAUCCCAGCUGACAUUUUGCAAAGCAUGGAGGGGGCAGGGAGGUGCCUGCCGACAGCAUCACCGUCUGGAUAGACCCCCUGGACGCCACUCAGGAGUACAAAGGUAUGGUAUUGUGCAGAAAUCCACUCUCAAGGCUUGCAUUUUUACAGGAGUACACACUGGUAUGGAUGGACUGGAUCACAUAAGUCUGCCCUCAGGGCAGCUUUUGACCAUUCAAUGUUUUGGCCAAAUGCAGAGCCUUUCAGGGCUCCAAUGUGAAUGUUAAAUGCCAUGUCAAAAUGGGGCCCUACUGUCAAAACAAUAUGGAGGCCAACAGAUGGGCUAGCUUUCACCAGUCUUGUUGUUCCGGUGUUCAAUGUAGAUAAGGACAAUGAAAAGAAGACAAUUUAGACACAGCCUAAGAGUGAGCUCCACUGCUCUUUAUGUGGGUGUUUCAAAUGAGACUGGGGUUGUUACCUAGACUCUGGUACAGUGUAGCCAACUUGUAGUGUCCUGUUUCCUGAGCAGUGUUCUGUUUCCUAAGCUGUGUCCUGUUUCUUGAUCCCAUUGUUUUCUCUGUAUCCCUUUGACAGAGAACCUGCUCAAGUAUGUCACGACCAUGGUGUGUGGCUGUCGAUGGGAAACCUGUCAUAGGCGUGAUCCACUAACCUUUCACAGGAUACACAGGUGUGUCACUCCCCCUCAAUGGUUUAAAGCAUUGGAUUGGUGAGUAGACAAAAUGUCUACCAUAUUUUCUACACCAGUCUAGUGCUUUUACAUCUGUGAGGGGAGUGAACGAGUGCAAGUUUUGGAGAGAAGGGGGGCGAGACAUAAUUAGGGCUCAGGACAGAGCAACACUGUUCUACUGAAUGAAAUACCAGUGAGUGGACUGUUGACAGCUAGUGGUGGAGAGUCUACUCCAAAAGAGUAGAUUCCUCAAACUCCUUGACCACCUGCCUUGGCAGCUAGGCUGACGUAGGCUACUGAUUAGCCUUGAAUAUUUUGCUUAGUGGAGAUUGUCAGAUGGCUCCAUAUGCAUUGCUACUCAAUCAGCCAGUUCAUUAGUGUGCGUGCACACACUCUGACAUUGCAGCUGUAGCUAAUUUUAGCUAGUCUUUGUCUGUUUUGUCAAAUUUGAGUCUGUCGAGAGAUUGUCGACUCCGUUAGCAAGAGUCGGAGUCGACUCCAAAAAUCCUCGAGUCGUUCACCACUAGUGACAUCAGGGGCUAAGUCACUCCUUUGAGACAUCACCCAGGAGGGGAGGUCACUAUAAGGUGGCUUCGUUGGUGAAUGGCUGCAUUGUGUCCUGAUGGUACAGGAGGCAUAGACUGGCCAUAGAGCACAGCUCUGCUAUUCAGGUGUCCAGUCAAGGCCCAAAGCAAAUUAUUUCAUUUUAACCUCUAAUCAGGAUUUAGACCUGGGAUACUUACACAGGCAGCCCAAUUCUUAUAUUUUUCCCACUGUCUUUUGACCAAUCAUGUCACAUCUUUUUCACAUCAGAUCUUUUUCAGAGCUGUUCUGAUUGCGGAAAAGACCAAUUAGAAAGAUCAGAAUUGGGCUGCUUGUGUAAAUGGUUUCAUCAAGGAGGCCUUUGGGAACACAAUAGUCAUCCUCCCAGCAGGGGGCGCAUGUACGGCAUUUUGUGUGUGUGUGUGUGAGAAAAUAGUUCACCCAAAUGUAUAAUUUCUUAAUCAUUAUCUGGCCAUGGAAGUAGUCUAUUGGGCGAGCCGUGAAAUCGUCAUACGAUUAGGCUUUCAUUUGCCAUUUAUUUAUAAGUAUACCUAUUUCUAUUUUGUUUUAGAAGCAUACCUAUUUCUGUGGGCUUCAGUUUUUUUAUAUGUGUUAUAUGAUUGGAAUAUCACCCUGUCAGGUAUUUACACAACUUAUUUCACUGUUUUGUGGGUGAUGAUCUUGUAUUUUCCAAUCUCCAUAGGCUAUAAGGUGCUGGCUUUGCUGGACCCCAGUGAUGAGGACAUUGAGAAGGCUGACAUGUACAUCCACGUGACCUUCAUCAAGAAGUGGGACAUCUGUGCCGGCAACGCCCUGUUCACAGCCCUGGGAGGUCACAUGACCACGCUGAAGGGCAAGGAGAUGGACUACUCGGGCGCGGCGUGCAACACGGGCAGUCUGCUAGCCAGCGUCAAGGUGGACCACCAAGCCCUGGUGGAGAAACUGCCGGCAUGGGACUCUGCUGACAAACACACACACAUAGAUAUUUACACUCACUCCCAUAUGUGCAUACACAUGCACACAGAUGAUCAAGGACAAACAGACAAGAUGACCACAAGCCUUGAAGACCAAACAAACCCAGACGAGAGGACCGCACAAUCUGGGACAAGACAAUAA